AUGAAUGAUACGGCACAAACCACCAAUACGCUAGAAACCACUAAAAUACAACCAACGACCGAAGCACCAAAAAAUACCAGAACAACACCAAUAACCAAUCCACUACAAACACUCGAAGAAAUACCAACAACCGAAACAAUACAAUCGAAUGAUACGGUAUCAGCGACCCAUGUAACACAAACAACCGAACAACCGCAACCAACUCUUCCAGCACAAAUUAACAACACACUACAAACAGCCGAAAUCGUACAAACAAGCAGUACAAAAGAAAUAAACCAUACAAUACCAACAACCGAUGUAGCACUAACGACCACUGUAGUAAGAACAAUCAGUACAGUAGGGAUGAACGAUACUCUACAAACCACCAACAUCCUAGAAACAACUAAACCAGAACUAACGAUCGAAGCAGACCAAACGAUCAGAACAACAUCAGCAAACAAUACAUUACCAACAAUCGAAACAAUACAAUUGAAUGGUACAGUAUCAGCGAUUAAUGUAGAACAAACAACCGGACUGCCAGAAACGAGUGUUCCAGUAGAAAUUAACAACACACUACAAGUAAGCCAGAUACUACUAGAAACCAGUACAAAAGAGACAAACGGUACAAUACAAACGCUAGAAACAACUAAUCCAGAACAAACCAUCAAAGCAGAACAAACGACCAGUACACCACCAAUAACGAAUAUACUACAAACAAUCGAAGAAGUACGGACAACUGAAACAAUAAAAUUAAAUGGUACAGUAUCAGCGAUUAAUGUGGAACAAACAACCGGACUGCUAGAAACGAGUGUUCCAGUAGAAAUUAACGACACACUACAAAUAAGCGACAUAGUACGAACAGCCAGUACAAUAGAAAUAAACGAUACAAUAGAAAGGACCGAUGCAGGACUAACGACCAUUAUACUAAGAACAAGCGAUACAGUACAAAUGAACGAUACGGUUGAAACAACUCAACGAGAGCUAACGAUCGAAGUAUCAAAAGCGGUCAGUACAAGAUCAGUAACCAAUACAGUACAAACAAUCGAAAGAAUACAAUUGAACGAUGUAGUAUCAUCGACGAAUGUAGCACAAACGACGGAACUAGCAGAAUCGACUGCUGGAGUAAAAACUAAUGAGACAGUACAAAGUUUAACUCAAUAUACAUCAAACGUUAAGUAUUGGUGGAUUCCAUUCAGACAACUGUUAUUUGAUAUUGUAGAUGAAUAUAGACAAAUGGUAGCUGAACUUCCUUCAUCACCACCAGAGGCAUGCAAACAAAAUCUCUAUCAUAUGAGAUAUAUUGCUACGGAUUUAACUGUUUCAGUUGCCGUGUAUUCUGUAAAUAUGAUCACGGACGUUGGUAGUUUUGCUUCAAUGUUUCAAUUUGCAAGAUCGUUAAGCAAAAUGACUGAUGUGGAAAUAGAGAGCUUCAGAUUUUAG